AUGCCUUCUAUCCCUGCUCAGUUAAACCUGGCAGCUUUCAAGUUUCCACUUGGGUUCAUCAGAGUCAUCGAAUUUGUUUUCAUCAUAAUAGCAAUCGCAGCUGUAAACAGUUGGGGGAUGACAAUGGAAUACAACUGUAAAGGCCAGGCUAAUAAGACGGUGACUUCUUCACAAGAUGUCUACACCUUUUCGCUAUCCAAUGUUAAACUGACUGGAUGCGACAAUCAGACGCACACUUUCUGGAGAGGAGAUGACAGUGCUGGUGGCAGUGCAGGAUUCUUCUACUUUGUCAACGUCACCGCUCUGAUUUAUGUCAUUUUCAUCUGCUUCGUCUAUGUCAUUUUUUGGGGAAUCUAUCAAACGGAAAAGCGUAUUCCACUCAUUGAUCUUGGUGCCACUGCUCUCUUCUUUAUUCUUUUCUUCUUCUGUAGCUCGAUUUGGUGGGCAGGUGCCAACACAAUCGGAAGUGCUACAUCAGAUGAACAUUUGAAGGAGUUGUUCCAACAAGAAUCUUGGAAAUCACAGAACGCAGCUUUUUCGAAUAGAGAAGUCAACAAUGGAAAGCUUGCGAUUUCAGUGCUGGCCAACUGGGUGUGCGUCCUUUGCUUCGCCUUCAACUCUUGGUUCAUCUGGAAAGAAGUGGUGCCACGUGAUUCCUCCAAUCCAACCGAUAUUGCCUAA